UCGAUCGGAAUAUGCCUGGCACGAAAGCGCUGCUCAUCGUCCUGCUACUCCUGCAUGCGUGUCCCCGACUGGAGAGCUUCCACUACCGACCUGCCCAACCGAAUGCCAAGCACUGCCUGUCCAGUUUGUACGGGGAGGCCAGCGUCGAUGGUUCGGAGACAGGAGGUGGAGGAGGAGGAGGCGGAUCCGGGUGUUCGGAGCAGACCGGGAAGAAGACCAGCUGUACCGGUGGCGGCGGCGUCUUGGGUCGCGGUGAUCCCAAGGCCAAGGCGUCAAACAUUGCCCAGAAGGCCGCUCUGGAGGCCAAGGCAGCCAGCGAUUCCCAAAUGGCAGCUGCCGAGGCGGCUGCCUCACAGGUCAAAUCCGAAUUGGCCGCCAAGGCAGCCCAAUCUGCGCGCGCGGCGGAGGCGGCACUGGCCGGCAAACAGCAGAUCGUGGAGCAGCUGCAGCAGGAGAUGACCGAGGCGGAUGCGGUGGUCAGUGAGGUGACCUCGUCGCUGCAAAAUACCCAGGCGAAUGCCAAUGCCGCCGCAGCGGCUGCCCACGAGGCGCAGACGCAGCUGAAUCAGCUAAAGAGUCUCGUGAUGGCCGCCACCGCCAAUAUGGCCAAUAUCGAGAACGUGGCCAGUGGGGCGCAGCAGGAGCUGGCCGAGAAGACGCAGCUCCUGGAGGCGGCGAAGCAUCGGGUGGAGAAUCUGGGCAGGCAAAUGACCGAUGCCAAGUCGGACUUCGAGAAGACCAAGCAGGCGGCCUACAAGGCAGCCUGUGCAGCGGUGGAGGCCAAGCAGAAGGCCCAGAGGUCGCGACGGAUGACCCACCAACAGCAGAUGCGAUGGGGUCCAAGGAAAAUGGCUGGGAAGUUCAAGGACGGAGAAUCCAAGAUGUAG